UCCUCCCCCGGCUGCAGCCCCGCCCAUAGCGGAAGCAGGAAGCGGGCGGGCCGGCCGUGACCCGCGGGCGGGCAGCGCCGGCCGCGCCAUGACGGGAAAAUCGGUGCGGGACGUGGAGCGCUACCAGGCGGUGCUGGCCGGGCUGCUGGCCGAGGACGAGAACAAGUUCUGCGCCGACUGCCAGGCCAAAGGGCCACGAUGGGCAUCCUGGAAUAUUGGGGUGUUCAUCUGCAUCCGCUGUGCUGGGAUCCACAGGAACCUGGGAGUUCACAUAUCCAGGGUCAAAUCCGUCAACCUGGACCAGUGGACACAGGAGCAGAUCCAGUGCGUGCAGGAGAUGGGGAAUGGCAAAGCCAAUCGUCUCUACGAAGCCUACCUGCCCGAGAACUUCCGGAGGCCCCAGACAGACCAAGCUGUGGAGAGUUUUAUCCGGGAUAAAUACGAGAAGAAGAAAUACAUGGACAGAAGCAUCGACAUCAACGCCUUCAGGAAAGAAAAGGACGACAAAUGGAAAAGGACCAACGAGUCGGAAAGAAAACUGGAACCCAUCAUCUUUGAGAAGGUGAAAAUGCCUCAAAAGAAAGACGAAACGCAGCAAUCCAGGAAAAGUUCCCCCAAAUCUGAGCCAGUCAUGGACUUGCUGGGCCUGGACGCUCCGGUGACAACGCCCGUCGCCAACGGCCGGCCCAGCAGCCUGGAGAAGGACCUGGACCUCUUUGCAUCCGUGGGAUCCAGCUCAGACUCCAGGAAGGUCGUUGGCUCCAUGCCAACCUCGGGAAGCGCCGGCUCCGUUCCCGAAAAUCUGAAUCUCUUCCCGGAGCCCGGAGGCAAAGGGGAGGAAGUGGGGAAGAAGCAGCUCUCCAAAGACUCCAUCCUGUCCCUGUACGGCUCCCAGACGUCCCAGGUGCCAGCACAAGGAGCGAUGUUCAUGGCGCCGGCUCAGCUGGGCUACCCCGCCUCUCCCUACUUCCCGGCAGUUCCCCCUUCCAGCAGCAUGAUGGGCGGCUUGAUGGCCCCACCCGUGGGCGUGCUGGCCCAGCCCGGAGCUCCUGGCAUGGUGGCACCCGUGGCCAUCCCGGCGGGCUACGUGGGCAACGUGCUGGGCGUUCCCAACGGGAUGAUGGGGGCCCAGCAGCCCGGCUACGUGGCCGGGGUGCCCCAGGCCGUGUACGGGGUCCAGCCAACGCAGCAGCUGCACUGGAACCUCGCCCAGGUGACCCAGCAGAUGGCUGGGAUGAACUUCUAUGGAGCCAAUGGAAUGAUGGGCUACGGACAGUCCAUGGGAGGAGGAGGAGGAGGAGGAGGAGGAGGAGGAGGAGCCCAGGGCAGCAAUCCCUCCCUCAGCUCCCCGCUGUGGAAAUGAGCCCUCGCUCGCACGUGACCAUUUCUGCCUUUUCUGUUCUCCAGACCUGCUCCAUGAGACAUUCAGGGUUUUUUCUUUUUUUCCUUUUUUUUUUUUUUUCCCAAUCCCUGAGCUCCAUCUCUGCCUUUCCACUGUCACAGCCACGGGGACAGCUGGGUGGCCAGGCCACGAGCACAGCCCCGUCCUCAGCACAGUCAAUGCACACGGGGAGGGGACCCCUCCCUGCACAAAGCUCCUGGGUAGUGCUUGAUGCCCUGCUGGGCACCUGGCCACAGGUGGGACUGGGAAAUCUGGAUUAAUCCCACCCAGAAAGCUGGGAUUUCUCACUUCAGUGUUAAUUUUUUUUUUUUGGUGGGGAGGUGGGGAACCUCGUUUGGUGCUGAGGAACUGGAUUUAAGCCGAGCCCAGGGGCAAGCAAGCCUUGCUACCUCCUCCCUCUGAGCGGAGCUCUCCCUGCUCCCCACCCUCCUUGGAACCAAAGUCCUUGGGAAAAGCCCUCUCCCACCCCCCCUGAGCAAGCAGGAAUCUCGCCCGGAGCGGGGGCAAAGCCGAUGGAAUGUGAAAAACUUGCACUCCAGAGUGAAUUUUCUGGCUGGUGUUGGGAUUUGAUGGAAUUUCACUUUUAACAAUCUAACCAGAGUUAAUUCUCCGGGGCCCAGAGCCCUGUGCAAGUUUUCUUAGACUUUUAAAAAUGACUCUGACAUCCUAAUUUAUACUUUUUUUUUUUUUUUUUCAUAUAUUUUUUUUUUUUUCCUGUUUUGUUUCGUUCUUGUUGUCGUUGUUCCUGUGUAAAAUCCUGGUUCCCCCCCCUUUCCUGGCUCGCUUGGGACAUUUUAAUCUUAGGCAGACUUCUUUUCUCAUCUCCAGUAGAACCCAAAACUGCUUCAAAAGUCAGCAAGAAGUCGGACUUGUGGUCUGCUCUCUCCUGUGGAUAUGUAAAUUCCCAAAUAAAAUAUUGCAGUGGA